AUGGCUACCUUGGUUUUCUACCCCCAAAUAACAUAUUUUCGACAGGCUAUUACUGAUUCAAAACAUUAUGUAUGUCUCUCCUCUGAUGGUUAUAAUAAACAAUUACCCAUAUUGAAUUUCAUUGGUACUGUUAAAUUACAUGGUACCAAUGCUGCUAUUGGCUACUUAAAAGGUUUCGGCUACUGGUGUCAAUCACGAAAUUGUGUGAUCACACCUGAUAAAGAUCAUGCCGGUUUCACUGAACAGAUUUUCCCUUUCGCAGAUGAAUUUUUCAAUGUUUAUGUUCUUCCUCAUUGUCCAACAAUUCGUGAACAUUAUCAACGUGGUGAUAGAAUCGUCAUUUUUGGUGAAUGGUGCGGUGGAAAUAUUCAAAAAAAUGUAGCUAUUUGUGGUCUUCCAACUAUGUUUGUUAUCUUUAAAGUGAGAAUCGUCAAUCAAUUAACAAAAAAAAGAACAAAUGCCAAUAUAAACAAUGAAGAGCAACAAGAGACACAUUCAAGAACUUUUUGGCUUGACCCAAAAGAAUGGGCAAAUAUAAAAUGGCAUGAACAUUCUAUUUAUAAUAUUUACGAUUUUCCAACUUACACAAUUGAAAUCAACUUUAAUCAACCAAAACUUUCACAGGAUGCACUGACAAAAAUUACUGAGGAAGUCGAACGCCAAUGUCCUGUAGGUGCUUAUUUUAAUCGAGUAGGCAUUGAUGAAGGUGUAGUAUGGACUGAAUGGACUAAUACUGGAGGUGAUCUUACUUUCAAAGUUCUAAAUAACACUAAUCAAGCUGGUGCUGGAAACGUUGCUGGUGGUGGUAGGCAGUGCUUAAGGACAAUAUUUUUUUAA